AUGGUUGCAAAGAGCAAAGCAAUUGACCGGGAAAUGAUUCAGAGUCGUGGUGUUCAACAGAAUACUGUUAAGUUACUUCUUUUAGGACCUGGUGAAUGCGGUAAAAGUACAAUACUCAAACAAAUGAGAUUACUGCACACUAAUGGGUUCACUGAUGAUGAAAUAAAUCAGCAAAAAACGGUAAUCUACAACAAUAUAGUACAGGGAAUGGCUUCUAUUCUGAGGGGCAUGAAAAAACUUGAUAUUCCAUUUGAGAAUUCUGAACGAGAUGUACGUCUUCAUAAUUAA